GGGAAACCUAGAGAAGAGGCCCCGAUAGACAAAGCGACCUCGACCAAAAAAAAAUUCCCGUCUCAGAUCCCUAUUCUGACUAUGCCCGAGAUCAAUGACACCCUUAGCAAACUGCUAGGGACCAUGGUGUCAGUCUCAUUCCGGACCGUGUUGCAGGCGAGCCCUGGGCUCCCAAAAGGCCUUAAACAACUGGUGACAAGACGAAGAGUAGAGAUAGAGGAGGGAUCGGAACAACAGGAAGAAGAGAAGGAAGAGAAGGCACCGCGAGAAGUCGCCAACCUCCAAAGGAUUCCCAGGGACUUGGAAGACCUAGAGAAGGCUUUCACAGACAACCGUUUAAGUCUGCCAAAUCGCGAAGGUGGCGAAGUUAUGAAGGCGCCACCAGGAACAAAGCUUAGUUUUCAUGCGCUGCCUGUGGGCAAGUUGAAAGUGCAGAUCGAAAGCCAGCACACAGAUGCGUUGGUGGACGGAGGGGCGGAAAUCACGCUCAUUAGGAGGGACUUGCAAAGAUUACGGGAUGCGGAACCACGUCAGGCGGAGAUCCUUGGUCUCGACAGCUCGCUGGCUCACGUCCAAGACCGCCUUCAGCGGUUGGAGCAGCGACCAGUCGCCGCCGCUGACGCAAGCUCUUCCAAUACUGCCGACCGUCUCAAUGCAUUGGAGAUGCACGUCGGUUCCCUCCAGGACGGCGCACAGUUACAGCACACCGCGACGCAACAGUUGCAGCAGCCGGUCUGUACCACCGCCAAUACCUCGAGUACGGAGCCGCGCGAGACAACUCCAAAGUUUGACGGGCAGGAGAUCUUCUGCGACUCAAUGAAGACAGAUCCGAUUCCAUGGUUCCGCAAGUUCGAGCUCACGCUGCAGCUGUCCAACGUCAAAGAACACAAGCACCACGCAUACUUGUCGUCUCGUUCAGGGGGCGCAUGCGAGGCUUGGUUGGACAACCUCUUGUCCAAAUACGGAGUGGUAGCGGCCGACUUGCACACCAAGAUCAGUUGGGAUGAUCUGAAGGCGGCGUGGCACAAGCGGUUCCAGGUAGAGCCGCCAGAGAUCAAAGCCAUGGACAAGCUCAUGGUCUUCGAACAAGGCACGCUGCCGAGCCGCUUACCGGGACCGCAAUGCGCAGCACUUAGUGCCAAUCUUCACACUUACGUAUCCUUCUAUGCACCACCAACUUCGCCGACGGAUGACGAAGUCGCGGUGGGGGACAUCCUGGCCUAUACUACCAAGGUGGCCCGCAUUCAGGUUGGGCAAGCGUCCUGCAGCGCUUCGCUGGAUAGCGGCACGUCUCGCAACUUCAUGAGCCAAUCCUUCAUGCAAAGGGCUGGCCUUGGCGCACAAUUUUGGAGGAAGGCAAACCCGAUGGCGAUCAAGUUGGCGGAUGGAAAGACGCAACAACUUCUCGACCGUUACAUCGAGGCCGUACCGGUCUACUUCGCACCUCAUGCAUGCGAACCGGUGACAUUCGAUAUUCUCGACACGGACUUCGACAUCAUUCAGGGAAUGCCUUGGCUUGCAAGUGCGGAUCACACGGUCAACUUCCAUCGGCGGACUCUUAGCGUUCGCGACGCCUUCGGCGCGRAAGUGGCGUGUACUAUUCCUCUACCGCACUCUUCGAUCCGGUGCCAAGUGGUGACGGCCAAAUCAUUCCGGGCGACUUGCGCUUACGAGCAGCCCGAGGAGACCGGCCUAUGUUUCCUACGGACCGUCGCGGUAGCCGACUCUUCACCCACGGACUUGUCUUCGGACCCCCGUGUGGUGCGGUUGCUGGACGAGUUCGCCGACAUCUUCGAGUCACCUACCGGUGUGGUGCCCGAUCGGCCGAUCUCUCACGAAAUCAUUCUUGAGGCCGGUGCCGUGCCGCCGAAAGGUUGCAUCUAUCGGAUGAGCGAGGAGGAGCUUGAGGUCCUCCGCGCACAACUCGACGAUUUGUUGGCCAAGGGCUGGAUCCGCCCGAGCAACUCCCCAUAUGGAGCACCAGUUCUCUUCGUCAGGAAGAAGAACAAAUCUACGAUUGUACGGUCAUUGGAGGAUCAUCUUGGGCAUCUUCGACGAGUGUUGGAGACGCUCCGCCGCGCCAAGUACAAGACCAACCGCGACAAGUGUGAAUUUGUCCGGCAAGAGCUGGAAUACUUGGGCCAUUUUGUCACACCGGAGGGCAUCAGUCCGCUAUCGAACAAGAUUCAGGCCGUCCAGGAGUGGCCGGAGCCUCGGAACGUCACGGAUGUCCGCUCGUUCCUCGGUCUUACCGGCUACCAUCAGCACUUCAUCGAAGGCUACUCGAAGAUCGCGUCCCACUUGAACAAGCUUCAGUGCGAGGAUCGACCGUUUGACUUCGGAGAGGAGGCGCGGGGAUCAUUCUUCGCUCUCAAAGUCGCGCUAUUGUCUGCGGAGGUCUUGCGGAUAUACAACCCGCUCGCGCCUACACGCGUCACUACGGAUGCGUCAAGCUACGGCAUUGGUGCAGUCCUCGCUCUACUCCCGAUGGGUUGGCAUGGUGACCGUGACCCAGUGCUUCGUCCAGGGCCCUUCAGAUAGCACCGCCCUCUCCUUCCAGAUGCUCUACGUCAAGAUUGACGACU